AAGGACAUUUGGGACGCUACUGCAUUACACAAAAUCAAAUGCCCAGAUGGGAAACCAUUUGCCGUUAGAACACCUGGUGCAAGCCAUCUGGUAUUCAGUCUAUUUGUUGACUGGUUCAAUCCAUACAGAAAUAAGAAAGCCGGCAAAAUCUACUCCACUGGUGCCAUAUAUAUGGUUCUUAACUUGCCCACUCACCUUUGGUAUGAACUUGAGAAUGUAUACCUUGUUGGCUUAAUUCCUGGCCCCCACAAGCUCAAGCUUCAUCACAUGAAUAACAUCCUCUGA